AAUCCAAACGGAAUCAGAGAAUUCAAAGAAGAAUCAUCAACCAAAUUUCCACCAUUGGCUCUCUCUAUCUUAAAAUUAGGGAUUUAUGUACAGAGCAUAGCUUCGAAAAUUUGACGACAGCAGAAGUUGAAGCUGGCUUUUACAACAGUUCUUCCAUUAAUUUAUGAUGGAAGGAGAUAAAUCCCCAUAAACACCAAAUCAAUACUGUAUCAUAAAACGUAAGAGUGAGAGAGACGUAAAACAACGGAAACCCAUCCUUCUAUCUCCUCCACUUCCUUCUGAAUCCAUUGGAAUUUCUUCAAUUUCACAAUUUUAUUGUGCUUUUUGAAUUCUUCAGGGAUUUUAUUCAUCUGGGUCUGAUCGAUCGUUCUUGGCUAUCGGGGCGUUCAUCAUUUUCUUCGAUGGAGGAGAAUCAUCCGUGUUCUCCGACUGAUUCCCAAGCCAUCGAAGCUUCUAGGACUGCUAAAGCUUCCGAUUAUCCCAAUCCCCAACCGAGCUUUAUUUCUGACGAUUCCUCUUCUCCUCUGGGUUAUCCAAAACUUGAUUCUUUUCGAGAGCUUAACACUUCGUUGGGCCCUCAGUGUUCUCGGAGUGGCAAAAUUGUUGAUUUUAGAGAAAGUGAUUCUGAGUCACUCCAAAGCAUUGGGGAAAUUCAAAAGUCUUGUGAUCAGAACAGGGGAAAUUGCUUCUAUUAUGAUUCACCUCUAUUGGAAGAUACUGGAGUAUGGAUACCCAUUUCUGUUCCACCCAUGUCUGAAUCUGAUCAUGAAGAGUGGGCCAAAGGUUUUCACUUGAACGGAGGUUGCUUUCCCGAAGGCGACUCGGGGUGGAGCCAGUGCUUUGAGGGAGAAAAAGAGUUGACAAUGUGGGAUGUGAUGGUAGAAAUGUUGCUUGCAGCUCGAGGAAAAGUCGGUUCGCUGGCUUCCACCAGUAAUAGUGGGUGUAGGUUUUCAUGGAUAUCUAGCCAUAUGGUGGAGCAGGCUUUGAAUGAACUGGCUCAUUCACUCACUGAAGCUAAUUUUGGGAAUAUAAGAGAAAUUAUUGAAGCAGAGCCACCCAGAUGGUUGUCUGAUAGUGCUGCUUCUUCUUGUAUGUUAUGUGGUGUGAAGUUUCAUCCAAUCAUGUGCUCCAGGCAUCACUGUCGAUUUUGUGGUGGAAUAUUUUGUGGGGAUUGCUCUAAAGGGAGGAGCUUGCUGCCUGUAAAAUUUCGUGUUGCAGAUCCACAACGAGUGUGCGAUGUAUGUAAUGUGCGGCUUGAAUCUGUGCAACCAUAUUUAAUGGAUAAAGUGAGUAAUGCUGCGCAGCUACCAACUCAUGACCUUACGGAUCUCAGUACAUUGAGGUCAUGGUUAAACUUCCCCUGGGGACAGUCAAUGGAACAUGAGAUUUAUAAAGCAACAAACACCAUUCGAGCAUAUAAUAAAGUGGGUUCUUUAAAGCCCGAGAAACUAAUUCCAGAUGCCAUUCUAGGACAAGCAAAAGGCCUAGCAAUUAUUACUGCUGUAAAAGUGGGAGCAGUGGUGACUUACAAUGUAGGAACUGGUCUAGUAGUUGCACGUAGAGAAGAUGGCUCAUGGUCUCCUCCAUCUGCAAUUUCAUCAAUUGGUAUGGGCUGGGGAGCACAGAUUGGAGGAGAACUGACUGACUUUAUAAUCGUCUUGAGGACAAGUGAUGCUGUCAAUGCAUUCAGCGGUAAUAUGCAUCUGGCCAUUGGGGCUGGCGUAAGUGCUGCAGUUGGAGUUAUUGGAAGGACGGCUGAAGCCGAUGUACGAGCUGGUGAUGGUGGUUUUGGCCCCUGUUAUACAUACAGUUGUAGUAAAGGUGCAUUUGUUGGAUGUUCACUUAAAGGAAGCAUUGUUACGACUCGGACGCAAGAAAACGCUCGAUUCUACGGCAAUCAGUCACUAACCGCCUCGGACAUUCUCCUUGGUUCACUCCCUAGACCACCUGCCGCCGCCAUUCUGUAUCGUGCUCUUGCUGAUCUUUAUCAGAAGAUCCAUAAAUGAUCAAGCUCAGCCUAAGUUUAUCAUCUUGAUCAGCCUGAUGAGAAAAAUCUUACAGUUUCUUUCAGGUGAAGCAUUUGCCUCAUUAGGUACACAAAAUGUAUAGCUCUUCUUCACCAUCAUUCUUUGUAAGUACAUAAACCUUCGCCUAUUGUCUUUUAUGCACAGCAUGUACAUAUUAAAGGGGGCAAAGUAAAACAAAAUUGAAAUGUGAUCUGAUUCUUGGAAGUCGUGUAUUGUAUAUACAUUGAUGUUA